UGUAACAGGAGAGACGCAGCUGAACGCGUACAGUAGACGCGUCGACUCGCGCAGCGGAGGACACACACACACACACACACACCUGAGGAAUAGCGGCGCGAUGGCUGAUCAUCUGAUACAGAUCAAUGACUCGUCCGCCGCGGUCAAUCGAUUCGCGCGGAAAGGAGCUCAGCGAAAGAAGAACGUGCACGAAGUUAAAAACCACAAAUUUAUCGCUCGAUUCUUCAGGCAGCCCACAUUCUGCAGCCACUGCACCGACUUUAUCUGGGGAUUUGGAAAGCAAGGCUUCCAGUGCCAAGUGUGCUGUUUUGUGGUCCACAAAAGGUGCCAUGAGUUUGUUUCAUUCUCCUGUCCAGGGGCCGACAAGGGCCCUGACACAGAUGAUCCCAGAAGCAAGCACAAGUUCAAGAUCCACAGCUACGGCAGUCCCACCUUCUGCGACCACUGCGGAUCGCUGCUGUACGGCCUCAUCCACCAGGGGAUGAAAUGCGACACCUGUGACAUGAACGUUCACAAGCAGUGUGUGAUGAAUGUGCCAAGUCUGUGCGGGACCGACCACACUGAACGCAGAGGAAGACUCUUCCUCAAGAUCGAGGUCAGCGGAGACAGACUUCACGUCACAGUGGGUGAGGCCCGAAAUCUGAUUCCCAUGGACCCCAAUGGUCUGUCAGACCCGUAUGUGAAGCUCAAACUCAUCCCAGACCCCAAGAAUGAGACCAAACAGAAGACCCGCACCAUCCGCUCCUCGCUCAACCCCACCUGGAACGAGUCCUUCAUCUUUAAGUUAAAGCCAUCGGAUAAGGAGCGCCGUCUGUCCGUGGAGGUGUGGGAUUGGGACAGAACCACCCGUAAUGACUUCAUGGGCUCCAUGUCCUUUGGUGUGUCUGAGCUGAUUAAAGCUCCUCUAUGUGGCUGGUAUAAGAUGUUAAACCAGGAGGAGGGUGAGUACUAUAACGUGCCCAUCCCAGAGGAGAGCGACAUUAACCUGGAGCUGCGGCAGAAGUUUGAGGCCUGUCAGUUCAAUAUCCACCUGCUGAAGAAAGCCAGGCUCGGUCCUGGGAAGAAAGUCAUCACUCCCUCUGAUCACCGACGCUUCAGUUUACCAUCCGGAAACAUGAACAGAGUUCAACUCAAUGACUUCCAUUUUCUGGCUCUUCUGGGUAAAGGCAGUUUUGGGAAGGUAAUGUUGGCAGAGAGGAAGUCCACUGAGGAGCUGUACGCCAUUAAAAUCCUGAAGAAGGACGUGGUGAUACAGGAUGAUGAUGUGGAGUGCACAAUGGUGGAGAAGAGAGUGCUGGCCCAGAGAGAUAAGCCACCUUUCCUCACCCAGCUGCAUUCCUGCUUCCAGACUGUGGAUCGUCUGUACUUUGUAAUGGAGUACAUUAACGGUGGAGACCUGAUGUAUCACAUCCAGCAAGUGGGCAAGUUUAAGGAGCCACAAGCCGUAUUCUAUGCAGCAGAGAUUGCUGUCGGACUCUUCUUUCUUCAUAGGAAGGGAAUUAUUUACAGAGAUCUGAAGUUGGAUAACGUGAUGUUGGACUCUGAGGGCCACAUCAAGAUUGCAGACUUCGGCAUGUGUAAGGAACACAUGUAUGAGGGCAUGACGACACGCACCUUCUGUGGAACGCCGGAUUACAUCGCCCCGGAGAUAAUCGCCUAUCAGCCGUACGGGAAAUCAGUGGACUGGUGGGCGUACGGUGUGCUCCUCUACGAGAUGCUUGCUGGGCAGCCUCCAUUUGAUGGCGAGGAUGAGGAUGAGCUCUUUCAGUCCAUAAUGGAGCACAAUGUGUCCUACCCCAAAUCCCUGUCUAAAGAGGCAGUGUCCAUCUGUAAAGGGCUGAUGACGAAGCAUCCAUCCAAGCGUCUAGGUUGCGGUCCAGAGGCUGAGCGAGAUAUAAAGGAGCAAGCUUUCUUCCGCAGAAUCGACUGGGAACGGUUGGCCAACAGAGAGAUCCAGCCUCCUUUCAAACCCAAAGUGUGCGGCAAAGCGGCGGAGAACUUCGACAAAUUCUUCACCCGCACGCAGCCCAUGCUGACCCCUCCAGACCAACUGGUCAUCGCCAACAUCGACCAGAGCGAAUUCGCUGGAUUCUCUUACAUAAACCCAGAGUUCAUCCACCCAUCGUCGCUUCACAGUGUGGUAUGAGACGGCCCAAUGAAGAAGAGGACCGGCCAUCCAGCUCAAACUAACAACCACAUCCAUGUUAUUUAUGAACUCACCAAAUCUUUGUAGACAGUUGAAUACCCUUUAUCUGAACUGAGGAGGGCUGGAGAAGGGGGUUUAAUGGCUGAAUGGGAAUAUAUCAUGAGCAUUUUAAGGCACCAAAGACAAAUUAUUCUUUUAUGAGGUUCCAUCUCGGUUAGGGUGCUGCUUGGGCAGGCAGUAGACAGAAAGGCAGCUCUCUAGGCUUUUUGAAACAGAGUGAUAAUGUCCUCACAGUAAUGACAGUUCAUCUAAUGCCUGUAUGCAGAUAGAUGUUAUGUGCAGGCCCAAAGCCAUAUUUUUUUUUGAAGGUGGAGAUAAUGAACAAUCCCCUUUUCCAGUCCUCAGAUUCUUUGUGUGUGAAGCAUGCUGACAUGAAACAGGUUUUUGUGUCCUAUUCCUUAAAUCCUCUACUGCCAUUUCUAAUGUUCCUGAAUUAUAUAUUUGUAAAUCUAAAAAAUAUAUAUCUUGUUAUAGGAGUGCCAAAAUAUAACUGCAUCAAAAGGUUUUUUAUAUAUAUGCAUAUUGAUUUCCUACUAGAUCUCUUGGUGGUGUCCCUUAUCUUGGGCUGAAACUUGAACCCUUAUCGCUCCCCGAGUUUUAGCAUGACAACUUCCAAUCCCGUCACUGCCUGCUCGCCUGGUUCCUACAUAUUCACCAUAUCCACAACUUUUCCUCUCGCUCGAAAUGUAUGAAUUGUGAUUCCUUGUUGGUAAAGCGCAAGCCUACGCACCCGCAGAAUCCAGAUGCAGAUUUCCACAGAAUGAAAUCACCUGUCCUACUCAUCCGCUUGCACGUUUGUUUUUAUGAAAUACUUCAGAUAAUCGAAUGAUACUGUUUUAUUUAACAUAUUUUACCCUGUUUACAUCCAUCCCGUAGAUUUUCUGUCAUGAUCAGCACAAAAAAAGUCUGCAGAUUCUGCCUGGGCCUGAUAAAGAGUAGCCAAUGCAACAUUUCAAACCAGACCGAGUCUCUUCUGUUAGAAACGGAUAUGCUCUUUGAUUUAACACCUGCAUAGUAUGCUAAAGAAAACUACCACUGCUACAAUAUAAACAACAUGUAACGAGAUGAAACCCCGGUCAAAACCAUGUCCAGGACAUAUUUCACCCCAGAAAUUCUUCUUUGCUUAAAGAAAAAGACAUCAUGUUUUAAAACCAUUAAGCUUUCUUUAUUUUAUUUUGUGCAUUGUGACAUUUUCAUGGCUGUUAAGCACAUUUACUCUAAAAGCUCAAUUAAUUAAUGUACACCUACUUUAAUGUGGAAAAAUGUGAAAUGAAGAUGUACUAUUUAGUGUACAUUAAGUAUUUAUAAACCAUGCACUCUAAAAAAUGCUGGGUUAAAUACAACCCAGUG